AUGGCACGGAUUCCUCGUGCUUUCAUCUUGUUGGUUUUACUCUUGUCGAGUCUCUCAUGUUCAUGUGUGAUGGGCGCAUUUGAUUUGGUUGACAAAGUUUGUAUUCAAAAUACAAGUCCCCGUAUUUGUCGUGAAGCUUUGAGGUCUGAUGUUCGAUUUGCCAUAUCAGAUCUUACCGGGCUUGGAUACAUUGCAAUUGACUUGACGCGCAGACACGUUACAGCCACAAGUAACAGGAUCAAGGUCCUAAUAGCGCAAACUCAAGAUCCUGGCCUCAAGAAACCCCUCGCGUUUUGUGAGCAGAAAUAUAGGGAAGCUCUAUUUGCUUGUGAAAGAGCAGGGCCCAGCUUGGGUGAAAGAUAUUAUGAAGGUUUCUCUGCUGCAGGAGAUGCUGUUUCGAGUCUUGGUAAAGCUUGUCAAAAUGCGUUUGGAGCCUCCCCGCUCGGAAGCAUAAACAAAAAAACAGUGGUUUUUGGUGAUCUCUUUCGUAGUCUCGCUUCGCUUCUAAGCAAAAGUCGAUUUCAAAAUUAUCUUUUGUCCGUAGAUGUGUAUGCAGUUAUUCAUCUUGGGAUUUUAUGA